GUCAUGAGAGUAGCGCACAAGUUACGAGGAACUCAGAAAAAUCCAUAGUCAUUCGAGAGAGGAAAGAAUUGGAAACGAGUAAAUGUACCAUAUUGACUGUUUAUGAAGAUGCAAAAAAAAAGAGAAAGGGAGAGUUACAUUUUAUAGGAGAGAUCAAAAUGUGAGUCAGUUUUUGGACUAUUAUGUUGAUGAACGGACGUGUGCGAAGAUGUCUGCCAAACACGACAAUGGCGCUGUCGCUCCCAAAACGAAACACAAGCAACCAACAAAAAAAAGAACUGCAGAAAGCUUUGGAAAGCGAGUUGAAGAAAAGCUCUCAUUUGUCGAAGAAAUUAAAAAAAGUACGUGCCGACAACAAACAACUUCGUGAAUUUCAAUCGCAAUUGGGCGACGAUAGUGUUGUCAUGCCCAGACACUCGACACUGCGAGACGAUUCUGCGGGAAAUCAAAGUAACUCUUUAUUGAUGACAUCGAUGAAUACGCUCUCGGUGGCUUCGUUGAAUUUAUCAGAAUGCAAACCGAUAGAGAAUGGAGACGAUAUCGACCGAAAAUCUUUUGAAACUUGGAAGGAUUUAUUAGAAGCAUCAAUGGAUUUGAUUGGCGUAACUGAUGAAGUCACAAAAAUGAACGUGUUUAAGGUUAAGGCCGGACUCAAACUUCUGGAUAUCCUAGAUGGAACUCCCCCGAACCCCCCCCCCCCCCCCGAACAUAUUGAUUGCACCUUAUUCGAACGCGAUGAAGCGAUUGAAAGAGUUUUUCGGAUCUCGUGAAUAUAGUUUUGUUCAACAACAAAAAUUCAGAACAAUGACCCAAAUUGAAAACGAAUCGGAUACAAAAUACGUCAAGCGCGUAAUUGCUGUGGCUAAAUUAUGUGAUUUCGAUGAUGAUAAACUGGCGGAAACCGUAGCUGAGAUUUUACAACUGCACGCACUUAACAUCAGGGUACGAGAAGCUAGCAGAAAGCUGCUUCGUAAAGGAGGAUCAUUAACAGAGCUUAUUGAUAAGGUCCGCGGUUAUGAAAUGGAUAAAAUGAACGAGGAAAUUUUUAAAAAAACGCAUUCCCCCAUUGAAGAAGCCAUGGUAGCCGUUGUUUCGCAUAAGCAGACCGGCUCAAACUAUCAACAGCGUGUACAGUAUCAAGGGGGGUCAUCGAAAGGAUUACGAGGAAGAAACUUCGGCUACUCAGGAAGAGCAGGAAUUUGGCAGAACUACAGAGGUAACAGUAGUAACAGUCGCCCGAACGGUAGAACCGUUGUCGAAAAUAUCCCAUGUUGGAGAUGCUCCAGCCGUUUCCACUCACCAAUUAACUGCCACGCACUGGAGAAAGUAUGCCGCAACUGUAAGGUCGUUGGACACAUCGAACGUGCCUGUCGUAAUAUGCCGGCUCAAACAGCACCCAAACGCCGAUUAAGUGAAGAAGGAGAGCGUUCUAUGAAAUCCAAGUAAAUUGCUGUUGUAGAAAAAGAAGACGAAGAGAAGGAGGAAUCGAACGCCGUAAGCGCUGUAAGUGACUAUAUAUCUUAAACUUGUGUCAGGCAAAAGUCAGUCAAUUUUAAACGUUAAUUUUCUCGCUGUAUUGAUUUUUCA